AUGGAAACCUCUACAGAUGCGCAAUCAACGGCUAAAUCCAAAGAUCCUUCAACUGUAAAACCGGAACAAUGGAAACGUCUACAGGAAUUAAAAAGGAGGAGGGAAGAGAUAAAAGAUGAAGGUAGCAAGAGAAAGAAGCCAAAGCGGAUUUCGGCAGAUGGAACUUUAAAUAAAGAGAAAGAGAAAUUUAAAGAAACAAAAACUUCGACGUUUACUCAAAAUCAAGUGAAUUUCCAACCACCGCUUUCUUCUAAACCCAUAAUUACACAAUUACCAAAGAAUCUGUCAAAUUAUAUACAUAUGAACUCUCAUUUAAAGGGAGUUGAUCACGGUCGCUUGGCAACAAAAUGCCGGGUGGAAAAAGAGCUCGAUCAGGCCGUUAAAAACGGCGAUCUGGACAAGGCUUCAAAAAUAAGCGACCAAAUUGCACAAAGAAAUUACGAAAAAAUGAUAAAAGAGGCGAUUGAACGCAAAGAAUUUGAUGAGAAAAGAAGGAAAGAAGAAGCGUUAAAGGCAAAAAAGAAAAAACCGAAAUUAAAAUGGGGACGAAACAACGUUGGGAGACAAAAAGCAACAUGUAAACAAUCGAUGGUUGUUGACUGGAACAUCGUGAUAAGCUUAAUGACAAUAAAAGCCCCAAGCGAAAACCUCGCGAUAAAAGAUUUUAACCAUGGUGUAGAUCUUCUCAAUCCAACACCUGAGCACGAAAGACGUCAACACAAGCUUAAAAGAUUGGUGCAAAGUCCAAACUCUUAUUUUAUGGAUGUAAAAUGUCCAGGUUGUUUUAGCAUCACAACCGUUUUUAGUCAUGCUCAAACUGUCGUUUUGUGUGGCUCCUGCGCAAACGUCUUAUGUCAGCCAACUGGUGGUCGUGCCCGACUAACUGAAG